ACCAUCAGAGGGAGGUCAUGAAAUGUUUAUAGUCUUAAAGAAAACUUUGAUGUGAUGUAUGAUGUCGAUAGAGGUUGCUUCGUUAAUUUACGACAUUAAUUUUUAUUUGCUAUAGUAAGAUAAUAAUUGCACAGUUUGUGUUUGUGCCUAUUUUAAGUACAGGCUUAUUGGUAUUUACCAGAAAUGCUAAACAUAGCAAUCGAUAACAGAAAAUUCUAUCAUCCAGGAAAGUAAGUCGUAAGAGACAUAAACAUGGCCUCGAGAAGAGCUUUGCAUUUUGUUUUCAAAGUUGGCGACCGGGCCAAAACAGCGACGUUUUACCGAGAUGUCCUUGGCAUGAAGGUUUUACGACAUGAAGAAUUUGAGGAAGGCUGCAAAGCAACUUGCAAUGGUCCCUACGAUGGAAAAUGGAGUAAAACAAUGGUUGGCUUCGGCCCAGAGGAUAACCAUUUUGUUGCUGAACUGACAUACAAUUAUGGGGUGGGAGAUUAUCAGCUUGGCAAUGACUUCUUGGGUCUCACACUACAAUCCAGCAAAGCUGUAAGCAAUGCCAAACGACUUGGGUGGCCUCUGACUCAGGUGGAGGAUGCUCUGUAUUUAACGCAUGCUCCUGGAGGAUACCCUUUCUACAUUGUGGACAAAGAACAACCUACUACUGAUCCUGUUCAGAAGGUUUCUCUUGGAGUCUCAGACCUCAAGAGAUCAACUCACUACUGGGCUACACUUUUAGGAAUGAAACUGAUGAACCAAAAUGAGAAAAAUAAAAAUGUGCUGUUGGGAUUUGCUGAAUGUCAGUGUAAACUGGAGCUUCGGGAUAUCAGCGGAACAGUGGACCAUGGAACAGCGUUUGGAAGAAUAGCAUUUUCAUGUCCACGAGAGCAAUUGCCAGACCUAGAAGCUUUGAUGAAAAAGGAAAAUCAAAACAUUCUCACUCCAUUAGUCAGCCUGGACACACCGGGAAAAGCCACAGUAGAAGUGGUUAUUUUAACUGAUCCAGAUGGUCAUGAGAUUUGUUUUGUGGGAGAUGAGGCCUUUAGGCAGCUAUCUGCUGUGGAUCCUCAAGGAAAUGAAUUGCUUGAUAAGGCUAUGGCUGAGGAUAGAAGUGACGAGUGGUUUGCCAAACACAACAGACAGAAGGCAGCUGCAUAAGAUGAGAUGAGCUGCCUGAGAAACUGAGGGCCAUACCUCUCUGAUCUCUUCACAGGAUGACGAGACAGAACAAGACACCUGUUCUGCUUAGCCUGGGAUGUGAAGUGUGUUUCUGAAUAAAAAUGAACCACAAGAUUGUUUAUUCCCCCCCCCCCCCCCCCCAUUAAUAUUAUUCUAUUGAAUGCAUUUCCAGGAAGAAGUAAUACUUCACACAUCUGCUGUAAAACUACCUGACUGCAACUUUAGAAACUUGAUUUGAACAAAUUGUAACGCACAAAGUUAAAUAAAGUCUUGAAAAAAUGCAA